AUGCCUCAGUUAUGGGAUUAUUGGUCAACCAAAUCGUUGUACCAAAAUCGCAUACCCACAAUUAUAAGUAGAAACAGAUUUGAAGGUAUUUUGGGCAUGUUCCAUGUAAGUGAUAAUGAGAAGGACAGACCCUCUGAUGACCAACUUUACAAAAUGUCCGAAUUUCUUGACAUGCGGCAAAAGAAAUUUAAGUCCUCCUACAUGCCCGAAAAAGACAUUUGUAUCGACGAAAGUAACGUCCCGUUUCGAGGACGCAUUUAUUUCAGACAAUAUAUACCCAAUAAGCGACACCGCUACGGUAUAAAGCUUUUCAAGUUGUGUGUAUCUGGAGGAUACACCUGGGAUUUCAAAGUAUAUACCGGCAGAGAAAAAUCAAGUGAAUUUGCAGUUUCUGAAAAGGUAGUCAUGGAAUUGAUGGAAGGUCUUUUGGACAGUGGCCGCACACUUUACACUGACAACUGGUACACGAGCGUAUCAUUAGCCAAAAGACUGAUUGACCGAAAAACGCAUUUAGUUGGUACAAUUAGAGCAAACCGCAAAGGUAAUCCUCAGGAAGUAAUAAAGGAAAAGUUGAAUCGAGGUGGAAUUGUAGCUCGGCAAGAUAAUGACAAAACUGUAGUCCUGAAGUGGAAGGAUAAGAGAGACGUCAUCAUGCUAAGCACCAAACACGAUGAUUCUACCGUUACUUUAGCAAAGAAAGGAAAGGAAGUUAUUAAACCGAAAGUAAUUGUUGACUAUAAUCAGGGCAAGACCUUUAUCGACUUGUCGGAUCAAAUGUCAGCAUACGCGCCUUUUUUAAAGCGAACUUCAAAAUGGUACAAACGCCUAGUGUUUCAUCUCAUUACUGCUAUAACAAUAGUAAACGCGUUACAUCUUUACAAUAAAAUAAACAAGAAAAAAAUCAGCAUCACCACUUUCAAAGAAGAGGUAGUUUCAGGUCUCAUUGAAAACGACGAAAAACUUAAUACUGUUUCUCGUCCUUCCACGUCAAAAACGCAAUGCUGCACGUUGAAGGAAGUGGAAGGCCAAAAACGAGUUACUCGAAAGAGAUGCACUAAAUGCUACAGCACCAUGUCAAUGGCUCACAAUGCUGCGUACGCCCGAAAAAAUGCGAAAAAGGUCAAUUCAAUUUGUGUACCGUGUAAUAUUCCCCUUUGUAUUACUUGCUUCCAAAAACAUUUGGCUUAA